CAUUCUUGAACUGCCUUUAUUCCCCAAUGGAGUUUCCUCUGAAAGGAAAAAUUUUUGUUUAUUUUUACUCUAUUUGCUUUUUGGUUUUUUAUUUUUAUUUUUGUUGCAUUCUAAGAGCUUCUGUAUUUACAAACCUGUUUGUGUGUGUGUAAGAUAACUUAAAUAGAAGUGCACAAGUUAUAGUCUUAUCUCAUUUUUGAGAUGGCUGGGUCACCUCAGUCUCUAAUCAGUUACAAAAUGACAUGAUAAUUUAUUAUAUUAUACAUUGCCUUUUUUUUUUAAUGAAUUGUUAUUAAUUAUGAUUAUCUUUGAAAUGACCUUGUAAAUAAAGAUUUAUCAUUUUUGUUUGUACUUUUUAAAAUUAUGUUAUAAACACUUUCUUUCAUUCAUAAUCCAUUAGGAAGAAAUCUAAAAUGAUUAAAUAUUUUUCAUUGUAGUUAAUGUUUUCAUUACUUUUGUAUACAGUAUGUGUCUUCUACAAGAAAUUUGGACUCUUAAUAAAUAGCAAAGCAAGUUUUUCCUCUCUGCCACACCUUUUUUUUCUGGUUUAUAUAAACAACCUAUUAUGUUUGCCCUGACAGAAUCCAUUGUUGCAGUUUUACCACGAAUGAAAUGCCCUCAUCGUAUUGAGCCUCAUCAAAUUCAAGGCUUGGAUUUUAUUCACAUCUUUCCUGUAGUGCAAUGGCUAGUGAAGAAAGCGAUAGAGACAAGAGAAGAAAUGGGAGACUAUAUUCGUUCAUUCUCCAUCUCCCAGUUCAAUAAAAGUCAUAAAAUGCCAGAGGAUGAGCUAUUUGAGAAGGGGAAAGAAAAGUCCCUUGAGACCUUGUCCAAUGUCAAGGAUGUAUACAAGCCUCAGAGGAAAUACAGACGUCAUGAUGUUGACAAACUGAAAGAUGAAGAAACAAGAGUUCAGUCCACUUUAUUAGAAUAUGGAAGACAAUAUGGAGUUAGUCAUGUUGAUAAAGACCAAAAGGAAAGUGCAGCCAAAAAGAAAGGUUUACUUCCUGGAAUGACUAAAGACACUGUUGAUGAUGAAGAUGAUGCUGAGGCUGAAGAAGAGAGAAUCAAAGCCUUGAUGAGUGGAAUGUCAGCCAUGGAAAUGAAGGAAGGUAAAGUUGCAGCGAGUGCUGUGGGAUCGUUAGUUGGCUUAAAAUCACAGGAAAUCCAGAAAAUCGCCUCAGAAUUUGCACAGAAACAAGCAGAAAGGGAGCAAACGGAAAAACAAGAAAGACAAGGAGGUGUGCAACAACAUAAGAGGAUCACUACAGCCUUGAAGAAACAAAUCGAAGCUCAACAAAGUAAAUAUGACGAGUUAUCAGCUAAACAUAAACAGCUCUAUUCAGCCUAUGUAGAAACUAAAGAAAUGUUAGAUAAAGUGCAGGAAGAGAGUAACAAAAUAGAUCAGGAGAUGGAAGAAAUAGACCAGAUAGAGAAUUCAGAGAAUCAAGGAAUUCUUCAGACUCUAAGAGCCCUAGUUGCUAAGAAUGAAAGUUUGAAAAAACAAGAGCAAGAGUUUAAAGCACAAUGCAAAGAAGAAAUGGCAAAACUGAAGCAGAACAUUGAAAAACUCAAAGAAGAAGGAAAUGAAGCGGAUUCUGAAGACAAGGAGCGUGUCACUCUCAUAGACAAACAAUACAAUGCUGAUAAGGAAAAACUGCACAAGAUCCGACUUUUGUUGGCCAAGAAAAACCGUGAAAUAGCUGCCCUUCAAAGAAAAAUUGAUGAGGUCCCAUCCAGGGCAGAGCUCAGCCAGUAUCAGCGUAGAUUUGUGGAGCUGUAUAAUCAGGUGGCAUCGAAGCACAUUGAAACCAAACAAUUCUUUACUCUCUAUAACACACUUGAAGAUACUAAAACUUAUUUGAAUAAAGAGGUUCAACUUUUGAAUUCCAUUCAUGACAAUUUCCAAACCGCCAUGUCCUCUCCAGCCAAUAAAGAAGCUUUCCUGAAACAGUUUGAACAAAUUGUGGAAGGUGUUAAACAAAACAAAGCUAAGGCGGAGAAGAAAAAACAAGAAGAGAAGAUGAAGAGAGACCAGCUCAGUGACCAGCACCAGGACCUGAUAGAGAAACAGAGAUUGUAUUUCAAGACAGUCAAAGAGUUCAAAGAGGAGUGUCGCAAAAAUGAAAUUUUGCUGUCAAAACUACGAAGUGGAUAGAAUUUAUCAAGUUGAUGGAUGAUGUUAGGUCUUUAGAGUUUUGGAUGUGAAAUUUUUGGAUAGCAUUUAUUAAGUUAAUGUUUAGUAAGUGUCUUUUAAUGUAUACUGUGAUAUUUCCCUUCCUCCAGUGUAUUUGAAUUGCUAUUUAUAUAUUACACAUUUAACAUUGAAUUCUAAAAACAAAAGAACAAUAGUUGUUGCAAUGGAAGAAGAUACAAUAUAGUGACAAGCAAAAGGUAGUUUGAUUUGGUUUGGCCCCUCAUGUAUCCAUUCCUGAAUGAGAAAAUGCUAUAAUUUUGGUACUAAUUUAUCAUUAAUAUAAUAUAAGUUGUAAUGCAAUUGUACUGAAAAAUUUCUCUCUCAAAUGAGAAAAACUGUUUCAUUGGCUAAUGUAUGUGCUAAACUUUAAGGUGCAAAAUGAAUUCAUUGUAUUGCAUUUGCUUUGAUUGUAUUUCCUUAUGAUAUUAAAUUUUAACUUGAAAUCAGCUCAUGGA